GGUCCCAAGAAGCAGAAGAGGAAGCAAAGGCAAUGGGAUGGGGAGGGCAUGGACAUGUCCCAUAGAAAAUUAGCAUUACAUAAACCUCGUAAGUGGUAACCAAUAACGUAAAUCCUCUCACUCACCAUUCAAAGGCAAUGGCAGCUGAACUAACGGAGGAGCACUUCAAGUGUCCAAUUUCACUACAAGUAAUGUCGGACCCUGUUGUCCUCUCUUCCGGUCACACCUUCGACCGUUCUUCCAUUCAAAGAUGGCUCGACGCAGGUCACAGAACCUGCCCAAUUACCAAACUGCCCCUCCCCGACCAUGCCUCUGCCUCCCUCAUCCCCAACCACGCACUCCGAAGCUUGAUUUCCAAUUAUGCCCCUAUCUCCCCUCAAAACUCCAAUAAUCCACACCCCCACACCCUCACUUCCCCCUCCUCCUCCCUCCCCUCCAAUGUCCACGCGCUCCGCCACCUCACGCGCCUUUCACCCCGCGACUCCCUCAUCCGCCGCCCUCUCUCUGACUCCGCCCUGGUCCCCGCCCUUCUCACCUGCGUUCACUCCCCCGACGACUCCCUCCGCGAGAAGGCCCUCUCCCUCCUCCUCAAUCUCAGCCUCGACGACGACAACAAAGUAGGCCUCGUCGCCGAGGGCGUCAUCCCACGCCUCCUCCCCGUCCUCACCGCCGCCUCCUCCGAUUGCCGCGCCCUUGCCGCCACCCUCCUCACCAGCCUCGCCGUCGUGGAGGUCAACAAGGCCACCAUCGGAGCGUACCCGUGUGCCAUUCAAACUCUCGUGUCCCUAGUUCGGGACGGUGAAGGGAGAGAGAAGAAAGAAGCUGCCACCGCGCUUUACGCUCUCUGUUCUUUCUCCGAUAACCGGAGAAGAGCGGUGGAGUGCGGGGCCGUUCCCGUUUUGCUUCGGAGUGCGGAUUCUGGGCUCGAAAGGAGUGUGGAAGUUAUUGGGGUUUUGGCUAAGUGUAAGGAAGGGAGGGAGCAGAUGGAGAGGUUUCGUGGGUGUGUGCAGAUUCUGGCUCGGGUUUUGAGGAAUGGAAGCUCCAGGGGGGUUCAGUAUGCUCUCAUGGCUCUCUAUUCCCUCUGUUGUAACAGUGAUGAAACUGUUCUUGAGGCUUUGGAAGCAGGGGUUUUGGAGACUUGUCUCGGGUUGGUGCAGGAUCAUAAUGAGAAAGUGAGAAGGAAUUGCUACUGUUUGAUUCAGCUUCUCCGUGGCAACAAGCUGAGUUAAUGGGAUGGAUUUUUAAUGGAAAAGGAAAAGGGUCACCUUUGAUGACAAGAUUUGUUGUUCAGUGUCCUCCUUGGAGGUUAGUUUUUGUUUAAUUUUGUUUAUUGAAAUUCUAUAUUGUUGGGUACCUACCUCCUGUACAAAAUGAAAGAUCAUUUUUUUUUUGUGGUUGUCAUAGCUCAUAGGGUUCUUUUGUAUGUUGUACAUUCUAAAUAAAUUGUUGAUGGGCUAGCUCUCUCUUGUAACCUAUUACUGUAAGAAGAAGGUUUUUGGUUCAUCUUUUGGAAAUUGGAAUGUAAUGAUUCCUCUCUGACAAUUUCUCUUGGGAUCCAAGCAAUUCAACAAUGCUGCAUUGACACUUUUAACAUCUUACUGGCAUUUUGUCUUCCAGUAUUGUCACAUGUGUGUAGGUAAUAAUACCUUAAUGAAGCAACUUUUGGAUGGAAUUUUAGCUGCCAUGUGUGUGUAAACCAGGUAAGAAGUUCUCUCGCUCAAUGAAAAUUUUGUCCAAGCUCAAGUUUCUUUGCAAUUUUGUACGAGGAAUCUUUUGAACAAUUGUAAACAAAAAUACCAGAAUUGAAAGUGCUUGCAUAUAGCAGUACGUUAGCAAGUACAAUAAAUACAUCAUUCAUCUGUUGUUCAUCUUCUCUGCCAGUCUUUUCAUAUGAAUUGGGGCUGAGCAUGAAAUGUCGCAGGAGAGUUUUUUAACCCUCUAUUACACUGCCAUUGUAUUUUAC